CGCGCGCGCGCGCGCGCUUGGGCAGUCUGUUUAGUUACGCAUUGUUGACGUGCUCAAGGAAAGAUCCUGGUGAUGAUGAGAGAGGAAUGCGAUCAACGAGCCUGUUUGUGAUUGCGGAACUUAAACACCCUACAAAGGCGGACAGAAAAAUUUACAGCAGGAAACACGUAGCAGUCAGGGAUCUCCGGCACAUUUUCUACCUGGCACUUCACGCCUUGAUUUGAGUCAGUGCUUUCACUUUAGCCACGCUCGGUUUGCUUCGGAAACUUAAUACUGUGUGAAGUCGAAGUGCAGUCCAUUUCUUUCUUGUCAGUCCGGCCAUGAGUGUGUUGUGUUGUCGCCUCUGUCUCUGCGUCGCUCCCCGCAUACUUUCACGUUCGACUCAUCCAGAAGGCGUGUGAACACCUGGAGCAACAGGAUAGCAGUGCAGAAGUGCAGCUUUCAGUCCUCUCGGAAAGAAAACAUGAGAUUCACCGGCUACAUGAGACUGCGCAUCAGGGAGGCUGUGGACUUGAAGCCCACCUCUUUCUCCACGCGCCACACUUUCACCAGGAAAACCCAACAGCUGGAUCCCUACAUCGCGGUCAAAGUGGACGAUUUUAAAGUGGGCCAGACAACCAUCAGACCCAGGACCAACCAACCCGUCUUCAAUGAAGAAUUCUGCCCGUAUGUAUGCGAGGGCAAAGUGCUCGAACUGGCCGUUUUCCACGACACACCGAUUGGAUACGAUGACUUCGUGGCGAACUGCACCAUGCAGCUGGAGAGUCUGUUAACGUCAUCCAGCAGCAGACAGACGUUUGAGGGAUGGGUUAACCUAGAACCAGAGGGCAAGGUCUACAUCUUCAUCUCUCUCACAGGAUCCUUCACAGAUGAGGAUGCACUUGUUAAUGGAUGGAGAACUCAUAAGCAGUUAAGCAGGAAAAGACAGAGGGCUCUGAAGAGGAAAGUGCACCAAGUCAAUGGACACAAGUUCAUGGCCACUUUCCUACGACAGCCUACAUUUUGCUGCCACUGCAAAAAUUUCAUAUGGGGAGUUUUCGGAAAGCAGGGUUAUCAGUGUCAAGUAUGCACUUGUGUGGUCCAUAAGAAAUGCCACCAUCUGGUUGUUAGUGAAUGUCCAAAGAUGAAGAAAACAGGAAAUGAGGGUCCCAGUCAAGGUUUUAGCAUCAACAUACCUCAUCAAUUUCAUGUGCACAAUUAUAAAGUGCCCACUUACUGUAACCACUGUGGAUCACUCCUGUACGGUCUGCUGAAACAGGGUCUUCAGUGCAAAGGUUGUAAGAUGAAUGUGCACAUUCGUUGUGAAAAAAAUGUUGCUCCCACUUGUGGGGUGAAUGGUGCGGAGCUGGCUAGCAAGUUGGCAGAAAUGGGCUUGGAGCCAGGUAGACUCAGCAAGCGCAGUUCACAGACAAGCACGUCCUCUGUGAAGACAAAUUCUAGUAUUAGAAGUCUGGGGCAGUCUGAAAUGGCUAUGAAGGACAGUAUGAACGUGGGGCUUGAGGAUUUUACAUUCCUCCAGGUCCUGGGAAAAGGCAGCUUUGGCAAGGUGAUGCUGGCUCACAUGAAUGCUAAUGAGCAAGUAUAUGCAGUGAAGGUGCUGAAGAAAGAUGUCAUACUCCAAGAUGAUGACGUAGAGUCCACUAUGAUCGAGAAGCGAGUGUUGGCUCUGGCUCACCAUCACCCAUACCUCACACACCUGUACUACUGUUUUCAGACUACUGACCGUUUGUUCUUUGUAAUGGAGUUUGUGAAUGGUGGAGACCUCAUGUUUCACAUUCAGAAGUCCCGGCGGUUUGAGGAGGCCCGAGCACGGUUCUAUGCUGCUGAAAUCACCUCAGCUCUUAUGUUCCUCCACUCCAAAGGCAUCAUUUACAGAGACCUGAAACUGGACAACAUACUACUGGACAAAGAUGGCCACUGUAAACUGGCAGACUUUGGAAUGUGCAAGGAAGGGAUGAGUGAUGGAGCCCUCACUGCCACCUUCUGUGGGACACCAGACUACAUUGCACCUGAAAUCAUUCUAGAGGAACCGUACGGCGUGUCUGUGGACUGGUGGGCUAUGGGAGUCCUGCUGUUUGAGAUGCUGUGUGGACAUGCACCAUUUGAGGCAGAGACGGAGGACGAGUUGUUUGAGUGCAUCCUCAGGGAUGACGUGAUCUAUUCAUCUUGGCUUAGCAAUGAGGCAGAAGACAUCCUCAGAGGGUUCCUGACCAAAGACGCUUCAAGCCGGCUGGGCUGUAUAGAGAGAGAUGGAGGCGAGAAGGCAAUCACUUCUCACCCCUUCUUCAGAGACUUGGACUGGGAGAAGCUGAGGAAGCGUGAAUUGGAUUCCCCCUUCAAACCUCGAAUAAAAUCUUCGGUGGACGUGAACAAUUUUGAUCCUGACUUCACCCAGGAAGAGCCCACACUCACCCCUAUAGAAGAAGCACUGAUCCCACUGAACCAAGAUGACUUCAAAGACUUCUCAUACACAGCUCCUGAGCAUGUUUAACCCACAAAUAUGUGUUUAAUGCUUUUUUACACUUAGGGUCAUACAUGUACAAUCUUGCUAAAAUAAACAUUUAGUCCUACCAACAUUGAAAAUGUUUAAUGGAAUCUGACAGGGUGAAUUUAUGCACAGUUUGAUCCACUGCUGUCCAAACACACCAGAACACGUAGGCCAUAUUUUAUUUUUAAUCCUUACUUUGCCAUGAAAUCCUCUUGGACUGCACACUUAGUGCUGUGAUUUCCUAUUCCAUUGCUUUAAAACUACUAUUUCGGGUUAGUUCUACUUUAACAUGCGUGAGUAAUUCUGUCAAUUAAAAAAUCCCAUAAUCACCUAAAUUAGUUGUGUUAUGCUUAAGAAAACAAAUCAUUUUCAGGGCCGAGUUCCCAAGAGAAGGAUUAAGAUUGGCUGGUUUACCGUUUUUUCUUGUUGGAACAAGUCUGAUUCAACUCUAAUAGGACAAGCUGAAGAGUUUAUUAUCAUGGUGUGUUUUCACUUCUAUAAAACACAUCAUUAAUCCAGGACUGUUGCUUGGAAACAGAAUAAUCACAAAGACAUUGCUCUCUACGAUUCAGUGUAAUGGCUAUGAAUUGGAGUGAAUCCUCUACAUGAGCAUUGUCUAGUCGUUUUCAUGCUUAUGUUGCAUUUUUUUUCCAGCUGUCAACAUGCAGCUUGAGUCUGGGUUUAAGAUAGAUUGAACUCAGUGCAUUGGAAAAAUAGGCAUCUUGAUUCAUGUUUACAGAUGUCUUAAUACACUUCAUAUAUGUGAAAUGAACUGUGCACUUACAGUAAACACAAGAACGGGUACACUUCCCUUAUUUUGGUCAUGAGGUUAGCACUGCAUACGUCAACUGGAAAAGGGACUUCCGGAAGAGUGCUUAUGAUAAAUUGACUGAAAAGACUGGAUAUUUUAUGUACACUGAUGUGAUGUGUGUGAGACUUAUCAACUGCCUUAAGUGUAAACAGACCAAAUAAUGUAAUAAAUGUUGCCUUUUUUAUAUUACCUA